CAACACAGGUGAGAGAGAGAGAAGGAAAAAGAAUAGUCUUUACUCUUUGAGUGUGGGAGAGAGAGAGAGAGAAAGCUGUAAAGCACAUGACUUCAAUACCAUUGGGGUCUCAGCCUCCGUCUCUAGCUCCACAGCCACCGCCGCAUCUUCACGGCGGAGAUGCUUUGAAACGUCGUCCCGAUAUUGAUACAGACAAGGAUAUGUCUGCUGCUGUGAUAGAAGGAAAUGAUGCUGUUACUGGUCACAUCAUUUCUACUACAAUUGGAGGCAAAAAUGGUGAACCUAAACAGACCAUUAGUUACAUGGCUGAACGGGUUGUUGGAACAGGAUCAUUCGGAAUUGUAUUCCAGGCAAAAUGCUUGGAAACUGGAGAAUCAGUAGCCAUUAAGAAGGUUUUGCAAGAUCGCCGCUAUAAAAACCGAGAGUUGCAAUUAAUGCGACUAAUGGACCACCCUAAUGUGGUUUCCUUGAAGCAUUGUUUCUUCUCUACAACGAGUAGAGAUGAGCUCUUCCUCAAUCUCGUUAUGGAGUAUGUACCCGAGACAUUGUACCGGGUUUUAAAGCAUUAUACUAGUUCAAACCAGAGGAUGCCUAUUUUCUAUGUCAAACUUUACACAUACCAGAUCUUCCGAGGCUUGGCUUAUAUCCAUACUGCUCCUGGUGUCUGCCACAGAGAUGUGAAACCGCAAAAUCUUUUGGUUGAUCCCCUCACCCAUCAGUGUAAGCUCUGUGAUUUUGGAAGUGCAAAAGUAUUGGUGAAAGGUGAAGCAAACAUAUCAUACAUCUGCUCUCGGUAUUACCGAGCUCCAGAACUCAUCUUUGGGGCUACAGAGUAUACAUCAUCCAUAGAUAUAUGGUCUGCUGGUUGUGUUCUUGCAGAGCUUCUUCUUGGCCAGCCAUUAUUCCCGGGAGAAAAUUCAGUGGACCAGCUAGUGGAGAUCAUUAAGGUUCUCGGUACUCCAACUCGAGAAGAAAUCCGAUGCAUGAACCCAAACUACACUGACUUCAGAUUCCCACAAAUCAAAGCUCACCCUUGGCAUAAGGUUUUCCACAAGCGGAUGCCUCCAGAAGCCAUAGACCUCGCUUCUCGGCUCCUUCAGUAUUCACCUAGUUUACGUUGCACUGCGCUUGAAGCAUGUGCCCAUCCGUUUUUCAAUGAACUCCGUGAGCCAAAUGCUCGUCUUCCAAAUGGCCGACCUCUACCACCGUUGUUCAACUUCAAGCAAGAGCUGGCUACGGCUUCGCCAGAACUUAUCAACAGGCUGAUACCAGAGCAUGUGAGGCGACAGAUGAAUGGAGGCUUUCCAUUUCAAGCUGGUCCCUAGAAAACAACUGAGAUGCUUUGGGAGAGCCAAAUGCUUUAUGGAAAGGAGAAGGAGCUUUUACUUCUUUCUGAUUAACUAUCAGAUUCUGAGAAGAGAUGAUGUCUCCUCCUUAGACGUGGCCAAUUUAGCUUUUUUGAGAGAUCAAGAAGUGAUAACUGUGUCUUUAAUAUUCUUUUUGUUCACUGACUUGUAGAGAUACUAUUUCUCGUGUAUCAGUAUUUGUAUAUGUUUUUGUCCGUAAAAAAGAAACAAAACCGAUUCCAAAGAUC